CAGGGGUUAAGGGUUGUCUUCUGUGCUCAGGGACUUCCCUCUUUGGUUUUUGGACACACAUCAGCUCCUGCCCUGCGUGACUUAACCUCAGCCUCCCUGACUGCCCCAGUGCUCCAGGCUCUGCUCCAAGGAUCCAGUUCUCUGUCAGGAGCCUGCAAAGAAGACACACGAAGGGCAGAUGAACAGGAGAAAGAACUACAUCUACAACUAGCCUUCUGUUUACAUUUCCUGAGGAAUGAGGCAGCCUGCCAGGCUCCUCUGUCCAUGGGAUUCUCCAGGCAAGGAUACUGGAGUGGGUUUCCAUUCCCUUCUCCGGUGGAUCUUGAUCGAGUACCAGUCUCCUGUACUGCAGGCAGAUUCUUUACUUUCUGAUUCCCCAGAGAAGCUCAACCUGGAAGGAUUCCCUUCAAAAGCCAGAUGGGCCAAGAAAAGGAAAACUCAGCACCUCACAGCUCCUCAACUCCAUCUAGGAUGCGGUGUCAGGAUCUCCACCAAUUUGGUCAGAAGCUGGUCCGCAGGCGGCCCCUGGAGCUCACUGAGGAUUCUGAGAGUCCCACGGCUCCUCUGAACAUCCUGAAGCUGGUGGCCUUCGGUGUGGCCAGCACCCUGGGGGCUGGCGUAUACAUCCUGGUGGGAGAAGUGGCCAUGUUCAUUGCUGGACCAGCGAUCAUCAUCUCCUUCUUGGUGGCAGCCCUGUCUUCUGUAUUGUCUGGGCUCUGCUAUGCCGAAUUUGGGACACGGGUCUCGUGGACUGGUUCUGCAUAUCUCUACAGCUACAUCACCAUGGGAGAAUUGUGGGCAUUCAUCACUGCCUGGAACCUCAUGCUGUCCUAUGUCGUUGUCACAGGCAGCGUGGCCAGGGCCUGGAGCAUCGCCUUCGACAGCCUGAUUGGGAACCACAUCUUUCAGGCCUUAGAGGGAACUUUCUCUCCAUAUAUGCCCUACUACCUGGCCAAGUAUCCGGACUUUGUCGCCCUGUCCCUGGUGCUGUUGCUCACGGGAGUACUGGUUCUGGGAGCUCGUGAGUCAGUCCUAGUUGGAAAAAUAUCCACAGGCAUCAACCUUUUGGUUCUCAGCUUCAUCAUCGUCUCUGGCUUCAUUAAGGGAGACCUGCACAACUGGGAGCUCACGGAACAGGACUACACAUUGAACACAUCUGAAUCUGGUGACAUCUAUAGCUUGGGCCCUCUGGGUUCUGGAGGGUUUGUGCCCUUCCACUAUGAUGGAAUUCUCCAUGGAGCAGCUCUAUGUUUCUACUCGUUUGUGGGUUUUGAUGACAUUGUCACUAAAGGGGAAGAAGCCCCAGAUCCUCACCGCUCCAUCCCCAUCAGCAUCGUGACCACGGUCUUCUUCUGCUUUUUGGCGUAUUUUGGUGUCUCGGCGACUCUCACCCUCAUGGUGCCCUACUACCAGAUUCAGCUUGACAGCCCCUUUCCACAGGCUUUCCUCCAUGUUGGGUGGGGCCCUGCCAGAUAUGUCGUGGCUGUUGGCAUCCUCUGUUUUCUUUUAUACAGACUGCAGAGCUCCUUGUUCCCCGUGCCUCAGGUGAUCCAGGAAAUGGCCGAGGAUGGGCUCCUUUUCCGAGGACUUGCCCGGACCCAUGCCCACACGAAGACGCCCAUCAUGGCCACCGUGUCCUCUGGAAUUCUCGCAGGGUCCAUGGCGUUGCUCUUUGAGUUCAGUAAUCUGGUGGACCUCAUGUCGAUUGGACACCUGCUGGUUUACUCCUUGGUGGCGUUUUUUGUCCUUGUCCUCAGGUACCAGACAGACUGGAAUUUAAGAAAGAAUGAGAAAAUAAAAGACAAAAUUCAGAUGAAGCCUCUGCUCAAGGAAAAUCCUUUGGAAUCUGAACCUGAAGCAGGAACCUCAAAGACUCUAAAGAGUCUGUGGUUGCCUUUUAGCACCACCCCCACCCAGAAAUCUGCCCAGAUUGUCUAUGGAUGUGCCUUCCUGCUUGUUCUCCUGCUGACCAUCCUGAGCCUGAUCCUGGCCCAGUGGCCCAGCCAGGUGUUCUCUGGAGACCCCGUACUCACAACAGUGGCUGUGCUGCUGCUGCUGCUCAUCACUGGGGUCACGGUCAUCAUCUGGAGGCAGCCCCAGGACCCCUCUCCUCUUCCAUUCAGGGUUCCUGCUCUGCCUGUCCUCCCACUGGUCAGCAUCUUCGUGAAUGUUUACCUGAUGAUGCAGACGACCUCUGGGACCUGGGCCCUGUUUGGCAUCUGGAAUGCCAUUGGAUUUCUCAUAUACUUUGGAUACGGGAUCCGACACAGCCUGGCAGGGAGCAAUCAUCAGCAGCCACCGGCCACCAGCCUCCACCUCCCAGACUCUUGAGAAAAGCAUCCCCGGUGCUGAGUCAUCUUACCCACACGAAGUAGAUGCUGCAUGGAAUCCCUCCAUGCCCUGGAAGAUCUGCUGGUUCAAGGGACACCUGAGCCUCCGUGGAGAGUGAAGGUGGAGACAUCUAAAGCCCUGUGUUUAUUGCUAGUGGACAAAGUGACUGGACCAUUGUGCAAUUUUCAGUAAACUUUUAAAAGCAUACUAUACAUACUUCUAAGUGCAUGCUUCAUAAGUGUGCAGCAAGAUGAAUUUUCACAAAUUAUCACAAUGUAACAGGCAAGUAGAGGAAGAAAUAAAUUAUUAAUGGGCACAUUAGAAUCA